AUGGUGGUCUCCAGGGAAUGCCCGGACCAAACGUAAGUCAUGAUGACUGCUCUGACCAUCCAUCUAUCCAUCCAUCCUUCCAUCCAUCCAUCCAUCCAUCCAUCCAUCCAUCAUGAUCUAAUCUCAUAUCCUGAAAUAUUCCAUCCCAUAUCCUCAAGUUUGUAUCAGCUUCUCCAUUUUAUUUACAGAAGCCUUAUAGCCACUUCACAUAAAUGUGAAUAAUUUACUGUAUUACAAUGUUCUUAUGCUGUAUCUACCCCUGAGGUCUCUAAUCUAACCAUAUCUCUCCCCUACAGUAUGCUGUAUCUACCCCUGAGGUCUCUAAUCUAACCAUAUCUCUCCCCUCCAGGGACCAUCUGGUGAGACUGGCUCUGCUGGUAUCACUGGACCUGCUGGACCCAGAGUAAGUAACUAGUGCUAUCUACAUCAAAUGCUCCCUCCAUUGUAUCUUCCUCCAACUAGACAGAUAAAAGACAUGUAUUGACACCUGUCCUUGUCAUCUCCCUCUGCUUGUCUCUAGGGCCCCGCCGGACCCCAUGGUCCCCCUGGUAAGGAUGGUAGAGCUGGAGGACAUGGUGCUAUCGGACCUGUUGGACACCGUGGUCCCGCUGGACAUCUCGGACCUGCUGUGAGUAUAUCUAGUACUCACACACCAGCCUCAGUCAGUCAGUCAGUCAGUCAGCCAUUCAGCCAGUCAGUAAGUCAGCCAGUCAGCCACACAGUCAGUUAGUCAGUCAGCCAAAAGGCACAGUAUUGCCGACAAAGGGGGGUGAUCAUAUAAGCUCUGUGUGAAGGCAGAUACUAGCUGUUAACAUCCCAACACAUAAUGUAUCUAGGUUGACAUAUAAUUAGCUUAAACAUAAAUUCACUGAUACAAGUUACACUUGUAGCAGGGGAAAGUGAAAAUGAGAUACUUCUCAGUAGCAGCAGCAGUAGCAGCAGUGACCUUUGACCAAGGUUGAGGUUGUUAACUCUCUUCUCUCACCCACAGGGUCCCCCCGGCUCUCCUGGUCUUCCCGGACCCGCAGGUCCCGCUGGUGGCGGAUACGACCAGUCUGGUGGUUACGAUGAGUACAGAGCCGACCAGCCCUCUCUCAGGGCCAAGGACUACGAGGUGGACGCCACCAUCAAAUCCCUAAACUCCCAGAUCGAGAACAUGCUCACCCCCGAGGGUUCCAAGAAGAACCCCGCCCGUACCUGCAGAGACAUCAGACUCAGCCACCCCGAAUGGAGCAGUGGUGAGUUGGUGCCACAGACACAUCUCUGUCUUUCUCUUUAUUGAUUGGUUGACUCACUGAGGUGCCUUAGAACCAUCAUACUCUCUUAACCACUAAAAUAUCUACUUCCUUGGAGUCUCAACAACUCUCCAUCUCUUUAUCUAUCACUCUACAUUUCACUACCAAUACUCUCCUUGAGCGAUCAAACCCAUACAAUAUUCAGUACAGUAUCAUGUUGAACCUGAAACUCAAAAUGUAAACAACACCUAAACAAUGAAAAGUCCCACUGAAGUAUUAAUAAUAGUGUUAGUAGGAUUAUCAGAGCUAAUCAAUGUUUCUCUCUCUUGUCCUCCCCUGCAGGUUUCUACUGGAUCGACCCCAACCAGGGCUGCAUCGCUGACGCUAUCAAGGCCCACUGCGACUUCUCCACCGGACACACCUGCAUCCACCCUCACCCAGAGAGCAUCGCCCGCAAGAACUGGUACAGGAGCUCUGAGAACAAGAAGCACGUCUGGUUCGGAGAGACCAUCAACGGUGGUACUGAGGUGAGCAGACUGAACCUGUACUGAUUCUAAUGACAAGAGCGGACAGUUUGAACAUCAGGGGAGGAAGACACAUUGAUUUGAUUGGCACACCAGUCUGAUUUUAGGCAUAUUUUAGUAGUAUAGUAUAGGCCCAUGUUAUUGGCUUACAUUAAUCUCCAGUACCCUUAACAUGAUCGUAUUGGUUCCAUUUUAAAGAGAUCAUCAGACAUCUAUCUAUCUAUACGAUUCUUCACCAAGGUUUUUUUCUAAAUGCUUGAGACCACAUCUUGACACUGAUCCUGUCUUAAUUCCUCCUAUGUUGUUUCACAGUUUGCGUACAACGACGAGACCCUGAGCCCUCAGAGCAUGGCCACUCAGCUGGCCUUCAUGCGUCUCCUGGCCAACCAGGCCACCCAGAACAUCACGUACCACUGCAAGAACAGCGUGGCAUACAUGGACGGAGAGAACGGCAACCUGAAGAAGGCCGUGCUCCUGCAGGGUUCCAAUGACGUGGAGCUGAGUGCCGAGGGCAACAGCCGCUUCACUUUCAACGUUCUGGAGGACGGCUGCACUGUAAGUCCCCUUUCUAUUUCCACCGCAAUGUCUCAAACAAUAGCUUUGUUCGUUCUCUCUCUGUGUUCACUCACACAAUUAGAUGCAGUGCGUGGUGGAAGGGUGAACUCAGGCUCAGGGUCGUUUUAUGUAACUUACUGGUUAGUGAAAGAGUUUGGGAAUCUGACUCUUUAUGUAAAGUAUCAUAGGCUACUGUAGGGUAUUAUUGUAAGUGAAGCAUUUGUAUGUUUUCACGAUUUGAUAUACUGAGUGGGUGCACUGUUCUGAUACAUGGUUUCUCCUUUUGUCCUACCUCUGCAGAGACACACUGGCCAGUGGAGCAAGACAGUCAUUGAAUACAGAACAAAUAAACCAUCUCGCCUGCCCAUCCUCGACAUAGCACCUUUGGACAUUGGUGGAGCUGAUCAAGGGUUUGGUUUGGACAUUGGCCCAGUCUGUUUCAAAUAA